AUGAAUUAAAAUAUUAUUAUUAUUGACGGUUCAUACAAUGAAGGAGGAGGAUAAAUGUUCAGAAGUGCUUUGGCCCUUUCUGUUCUCUUUCAAAAACAAUUUAAAAUCAUAAAUAUUAGAUCCAAUAGACCAAACCCUGGAAUAAAUAACUAACUUCUCAAUUAGAUCACUCUAAUCACCAAAAUUAUCAAAUCUGAAGUUGAAGGCCUUAAAUUAGGUUCAUAAGAAUUUUCAUUCAGACCUCUUGAAAAAUUUAUACCUUAAGAUAUUGUGUGUCCAGCUUAAACAGCAUAAAGUAUAACCUUAAUCUUGUAAUCUUUAUUACCUAUCUCAAUUAAUACUUAAAAACAAAUAUCCAUUACUAUACAUGGGGGAACUUAUUUAAAUCAUUGUCCUACUAUAGAAGCUUGGAGUACAAUUUUUGUCCCAAUAAUCAAUCAAAUGGGUCUAAAAUGUAUUGUUAAUGUUUUGAAGGAGGGUUACUAUCCUUAAGGGGGAGGUUUGAUUUAAGCUGUACUAAAUCCUAUUAAAAAUACACUUAAUUAAUUAAUUAAGAAAGAAUUUACUAAAAUUAAUAAAUUGAAUUGCACAUAUUUAUUAGGAUCCCCAUGUGAUAUUCAAAUAUUUGAUCAUUAGAUUGUGAAUGAUCUCAAAUAAUAUACUGAAAAUGGCUAAUUAAUAAUAAAUAGCGAAAUAAAAAUUGUGAAUUCAAAGAAGUUCAAGAAAUGUUAUGGGAUUUCUCUUAUGAGUCAUUCUAAUUUGAAUUCUUAUGAUUAUACAAUUAUUAAUGAUAGCGAUAAAAGUAUUGAAGAAACUCUAGUUAAUGUAAUUAAUUAUGCUAAAUAAUAACUGGAAUAAUAAACUUGCUUAGAUGAGCAUCAUUAGGAUUAAUUAAUUUUAUUGAUGUCUUUGGCUAAAGGUAAAUCGGAAAUUUUAGUUGGUAAACCUUCUUCUCAUACUGAGUCUUUAAUAUAUGUAAUUUAGAAAUUCCUACCAGAAUGCUUGAUAGAAUUUGAGAAGACAAAUAUAAAAGACAAUUUUAUAAUAUCAGUCUAAGGUGUAGGAUAUAUGUUUGAAUGA